UGGGGCGGGGCCUGUCGGCGGAUGGGCGGGCCAGGCACUCGGCGCAGGAGCGGAGGUCCAGACCGCAGCUGCGGGCUAGCGGGAGAGGAUCGCGGGUUCUGACUUGGCAGCCUCGCACUCCUGCAACAUUGGGAUCCAGGAGGCAAAGGGAGAGAUGGGUGGCUCCAAGAGCAGUCUUGCCUUCCUCGUUUUGCUUCUGAUUGUCUUGUUGAGCGGGACGUCCAGCGACGCUCAUUCUCUUUCCUAUAAUUUCACCAUCAAUCCUCAGCCCAGACCUGGUCAGCCAUGGUGUGAGGUUCAAGGCGAAGUGGAUCAAAAGGUGUUUGUCUCCUGUGACUGUGGUACAGCUGAGAUCAAGUACUUGAGUCCCUUGGGAGAGGAAGUGAAAAGUAUGAACGCCUGGGAAACACAGGCUGGCACACUGAGGGACAUUGGAGACUUGCUCAAGGAGCACGUGUCUGACGUUACACCGGAGAGAUACACAGACAAGGUGGGGUCAGGCCCUCUGACCCUGCAGGCCAGGAUGACGUGCUGGAGUAAACACAACGGACACAUCAAUGGAUCCUGGCAGUUUGGCUUCAAUGGAAAACUGUCCCUCCUCUUUGAUUCAGAGAAUGGACAUUGGAAAGUGGUUCAUCCUGGAGGGAGAUGGAUGAAAGAGAAGUGGGAGAAAGAUAGAACUGUUACUGACUUCUUCAAGAAGGUCUCCAUGGGAGACUGUCAGCUCUGGUAUCAGGCUUUCUUGGAGCGCUGGGAGAGAAUGUUGAAGACCACGGGUAGCAUCACCGACCACGGGCCCCCCUACAGUCCAGUCCUCGGCCCCAGCCAUCAAUCAAGUCACCUGGAUCCUCCUGGCCCUCACCAUAACUGUCUUCCUGGUCUGAGUCCUUUCCAGGAACAGGAGACGGUGCUCCCAGGAAGCCCGACAGGUGCUCUGUCUGCCUUUCUUCUGCUCUUCACUUUAGAUCCAGGAGAUCAGACCCCAUGGAUCCUGAGUCUGUUCUCCGGUUACGAUAACACAGUAGACGCAUCAUCUCAUGAGCUUUAUCACAUUUGAUGAAAUCCUACUCAGCAUCUCUGAAAAAAAACAACACAGAAUCAAUUUAUUUCACUUUCUUCUGGUGCUAAGCGAUGGAAUUUCUGCACUGAAAUGUCCAGGUACUUGAAGAAAUCUCCACAAACAGGACAUUUUUCGUCGUAUUCUAGUUUGUGGAUAAUUAGACUCUGCCUUGUGACCUCGUUCUUGCAAAUGGUAUUGCAAGAAAAAUACCAUCUGGUAUUAUAGGACUCAGGGAUUCUUUCUGUGUCUGGAAAAAUCACCUCAGCCUACUUUCAAUAGAACAAAGUUUUAUUUAUGACUGUUUCCCUUAAUAAUUUAUUAUGCUGAAAGUGAAAGUGUUAGUCGCUCAGUCCUGUCCGACUCUCUGCGACCCCGUGGACUGUAGCCCGCCAGGCUCCUCUGUCCAUGGGAUUCUCCAGGCAAGAACACUGAAGUGGGUUGCUGUUUCCUUCUCCAGGGACCUCUCCAACUCAGGGAUUGAACCCGCAUCUUCUGUGUCUCCUGUAUUGACAGGCGGAUUCUUUACCAUCUGAGCCACUGGGGAAGCCCAUUUAUUAUGCUGCUGCUAUUUAAAUCAAAAUCUCAGUACUCCAGAAAACUUGCAGUAUUUAAGUUUCUCUCUCACUAGAGAAGUCAUGAUGUGUCACCAUUUCUCCACCUUAUGGGAUUAAAUGUACCUGGUGCUUCUGAGAAAACGUGGUCUGAGUGGAUGCGUGUGCCCUGUGUUCAUGGCAGCGCUGUUCCCAGCAGCCAGGCCUGGAAGCCACCUCAUGUCCACUGACAGAUGAAUGGAGAGAGAAGAUGUGGACAUAUAUCCAGUGCAAUGUUACUCAGUGUCAAAAAGAAUGAAAUAAUGCCAUAUGUAGUAACAUGGAUGGACCUGGAGACUGUCAUAUUGAGCAACAUACGUCAGACAGAGAAGCAGAAACACCUUUUGCCAUCACUUAUAUGUGGAAUCCAAAAAGUCGUGAUACAAGUGCUCUUACUUACAAAACAGAAAGGGACUCACAGAUUUAGAGAAUGAAUUUAUGGUUGCCAGGGGGAAAGGA